AUGCUGCUGGAGCUCGCGGAUGAAUGUAAACAACACAUUUGGGAGUUCAUGGACGUACAGGAGCUUUGUCGAGUGGCGUGUGUGGCUCGUAACGCUGAACAGGGAGUUUGUUUAGGCCCAAUAUGGCAGAAACGCGCUCGCACACUGCUGUCCAAAGGCCAGGAAGCGCUGGACACCGACACAGGCGUGUUGAGCUGCCGUGACGAGGACAAACUAUCGGGAAUGUAUGACACAUUCGACUGGAGACUUUGGAGUCGAGACACGCAUUUGACUCUUGGAAGAUUUAGUUUUAGUAAUACGCGCUUUGCUCAAGCGAUGAGCUCUUUGCAAGACUUAAAAAGGGAACGAUCUCAGCUUAAAGAGGCGAUGCAGAGUGUCAAAGCCUCUUCUCAUGCAGACAAACGCACGCGUCGACUUCAGAUGAAUUGUGUCAAGUGGAUGAAUCGAACGCACAGACGACAAGCUGCAGCGUCGCAGUCGAUACAAGCGCAGAAUGCCGCGCUGUCAAAGGCGGAGCUGGCUUCGAGACUGCAACAAGUGGAAAAUAUGAUCCAAACGACGGCGCAGGAACAAUUCGGACUGCGAAAACGAGCGAUGAAAAGUUUGCACAAAUUUAACACGCAACUGGCUACUGGAUCGAACCUAUUUUAUGAUUUAGGUGCCUUACAACUCGUCGCUUAA